AUGACUGUUUGCGGAAGCAUGGUCGAUAUGUACACUAAAAGUGGAGAACGCCAAGCGGCUGAAUCCAUAUUUUGCCUUUUGCCAAAGCGUGAUUUGAAGUGCUGGAACUCAAUGAUUGGAGGUUAUGGUCACCAUGAGAAGGCGGACAAGGCUUUUCUAGUUGAUAACGAAAUGUCGAGAGGAGGCAUGAAACCAGAUCAAGUAACGUUUAUAUCUCUACUUGCUGCUUGUAGCCAUUGUGGCUUGGUGGACAAAGGCAACUUCCUUUGGAAUUCUAUGAAGGAAAAUGGUUUGAGCCCGGGCGUAGGCACUAUUCUUGUAUGGUAA